GCGUUACUCACAAGCCAAAAAAGAAUUAAAAAAAAAAAACUCUCUUCACCUUCUAAAAAAGGCACCAGAACAACAACACUUCUUAACGACGAGUGUGUUUCUCUGUCUAAAAACACACGCCCAUCGACACUUUCCUCUCUCUAAAAGUUUUGUGUUCUGUUUGUCAAAUUGGGGAUCUGAAAGAAUUCAAGAACUAUGAGUCGAUUCAACAGCGACCCUAACCCUUUCGAUGAAGAGGAAGAAGUGAAUCCCUUCUCGAAGGGCUCAAGUGUUCCUGCAGUAAAGGCACGCAUUCCUCCUUUGGGGCAUGAACCAAUGGGAUUUGGGCACAAUGAUGCAACAGUUGACAUUCCGCUUGAUACAAUGAAUGACUCAAAGAAAAAGGAGAAAGAUCUUGCAUCUUGGGAAGCAGAUCUUAAAAGGAGGGAAAAGGAAAUCAAGAGGAGGGAAGAUGCUGUUGCUAAGACUGGCAUCACCCCAGAUGAUAAAAACUGGCCACCAUUUUUUCCCAUCAUCCAUCAUGAUAUAGCAAAUGAAAUACCUAUCCAUGCUCAAAGGCUACAGUAUUUGGCUUUUGCCAGUUGGUUAGGUAUAGUUCUAUGUCUUGUCUUCAAUUUAAUUGCUGUGACAGUAUGUUGGAUUAGAGGUGGAGGUGUCAAAAUUUUUUUCCUUGCCGUAAUCUAUGUGCUGAUGGGAUGUCCUCUUUCAUAUAUCCUAUGGUACAGGCCUCUCUAUCGAGCAAUGAGGACGGAUAGCGCAUUGAAGUUUGGCUGGUUUUUCUUGUUCUACCUGAUACAUAUUGGUUUCUGUAUAUUUGCUGCUAUUGCUCCUCCAAUUGUCUUCCAUGGGAAGUCACUGACGGGCAUCCUUCCAGCAGUUGAUGUCAUUUCUGAUCAUUUGUUGGUCGGGAUUUUCUACCUGGUAGGGUUUGGCCUGUUUUGCUUAGAGUCACUUCUUAGCUUGUGGGUCCUUCAGAAAAUUUAUAUGUAUUUCAGGGGGCAUAAGUGAGAAUUUAGGCGUGGGACUCGAUUCAGUUUUUCAAGUGUUGCUGCUUCGCGGGGUGGUUUAGUAUAUUCCUUUUUCUAUAGCUAUAUACAUGUUCAUUUCUUUGUAGUGAUUAUUAUGUGAGUUGAUACAUUCCGAGCGAGCAUUAUAUUUCAAAAAUUACUGAGCUGUUCAGACUUCAGCAUCAAUAUUAAAAAAAUUAUUUCUAUAAAUAA